AAAUGUUGGGUUUGUUGUUGUUGUUUAUUUGUUCGUUGAUUUAAAGAGUGUGUCCUGAAGGUGAAACAUACGAACUCGAGGCCAAAAUGCCGCACGACGCAGCGGAAUGCGCGACUUUGUGUAACUUUGUUUCCAGCUUGCGCUUUUUAGAUGUUGACACAUCGACGUAGUGAAGCUUAACGACUUCCUAUAGAGUCGCGGUCGAUUGUGACCCGGCUGUGGGGCUGUAAUAGUGAGCAGUGUGCAGCCGUGUGCAUGCCCAAGACUCGACUUUGCUCCAGGUUGGAUCGGUUUUCUGCGUCACUCAGCCCUGUCAUCCGAACCUGAAGACAGAAACACGGACAGAAGGAAAGGCGACAUUAACACAACUCGUGCCUGAGGGAUGACAAAUCACUUAGCUGUUUACAGCAUAACUAGUUUGGAGAAGAGGAGAACAGGCCAGGGAGGAAGUGCAAUUUGUGUUCUCUUCCCUCUUUUUGCGUGGCAUCUGCAUACUAAGGCGCUCUGACAAAGGCAGUUGGACUUGUAGAACAGUGGUGUGUUUUUUUUUUUUUUGUUUUUUUUUUCCCUGAUGACUGAUGAACGUUUCUGCACGCCCUUUUGUAAUUUUGCAAUCUCAACAUGAGCCUCUCUCCUCAUCAGAGAGCGAACGUCAGUAAUCUGGGCAAACAGAAUAGUGAAGGCAUCGAAGAACUGGCUCAGCAUUCAGGCGAGGUCUUUUACAACGCCGGGGGCGCGCCGUUGGAUCAAGCGAACAGCGGUGCUGGAGGAGGGACCGAUCCGGUUUUUGAUCUCCAAAGCUCAGCUGUCUUUAAACCUGAGAAAGGCUACCAACUAUGGGGUCAUUUUCAGCAAUCAGGUCCAAUGAAAUGGGUGCCUCAAGAGCCAGUGCAUUCCUCCACUUGGUUUCCAGGCGUACCAAAUUCAACUAAACUGCCCCCAAACUUUGGACCUCCUCUGGAGGAUGCAAGAGGACACCAAGCUUUACCCAAGACCAAUCAUGACAUGGACACCUUGCAGCAAGAGAAAAUGUCUGCAGGUUCCUCCAUGCCCUACUCCGAACCAAUGCAAGCUCCGGCACCAGGAAUGGAAUGGGACUCUCAUACAGUAGCAGCCAUGCAUCAUUCCCAGUUCCAAGCUCCUCAGCAGGGGCAAAAACCAGGAGACGCACAGUACCAGCCUCACACCAUGCGCCACUCUAUGCCCGACCCUACUCUACAACCCUUUCAAGUGGCAUUUGGACCGAAUAAGCAACUUCAAAACUCAGGUUUUUUCCAAGCUUUCCAAGGAAACAGUGCACCACAGAAUCUGGUUUAUAGUGAACCACCAAAAUCACAGCAGCAACAGCAACUCCUGCAGUUACAACAGCAACAGCAGCAGCAGCAGCAGAUGCAGCAAAUGUUGCAACAGCAGCAGCAGCAACAACAACAACAACAACAACAACGACUACUCCAAAUUCAGCAGCAGUACCACCAUCAGCAGAAGAUGCAGGAACAGAUGCAGCAGAUGCAUCAACAGCAGCAUCAAAUGCGUCAGCUGCAAAACAUGCUGCAAGCAGAGCCAUGUCCUUCUCAACCACUUCAGCAAGACCAGCAGUUGGCCAGACCACCACAGCAACCGGACAACAGUCAGGUCAAAGCAGGUUCUUGUACAGUGCCUCAUCAAAGACAUGAUCCAAGUCCUCAGUCACCAAUGACCAAAGAUCCAGGUUUUGGUCAAGCACUUCAGGAUACGGAAGAAACAGAAGGCAAAUCUGAGGCUCUCCCACGGCGUUCCAGGCGGCUCUCGAAGGACAGCAUCUCCCCUCCAGGCAACCCGCCGGCAAAGGAAUCGGCCCGUAACAGCGGCAUUGCUGUUGUUCCUGGACCCUCGGUAGGGGUUAUCCACAGCACUCAGAGACGAAGGAGGACGUCCAAAGAGAUCAACCUCGAGACUCUAGCACAGAAGGCUUCAGAGAUGGAGUUUUUACCUGCAAAGCAUGAGGAGAGCACGUCUAGCAGACAGACAGGGAUGCCUCCUCUAGUGAUCCCCGUGUCCGUGCCUGUUCGGAGGAAUCAGGCCCAGAUGGAGCAGGCGGGUGGCUGGACGUGUGAGCAGAGGCUUCCUGCAGAAAGUCUGCAACAGUCUGAGCACAAACCUUCUGUCAUCGUGACACGUCGACGCUCCUUACGGGCCCCUGACUGUUUCGACCAGGAGGACAUGAUGGAGGACGGAAGAUCCCCAGACAAGAUAAAGCGCCGGCCACGACCUGAGCCCCUGGUCAUACCUCCGCCCAGAACGGGCACGUUUAUCGCCCCGUCUGUCUACUCCAGCAUCUCAUCGUUCCAGAGCAACCUGCGCUCCCCGGUCCGGCUGCUGGACAACCCUCUGUCUCUGCCACCCUACACUCCUCCACCCAUCCUGUCACCAGUGCGCGAGGGCUCAGGACUUUACUUCUCCACCUUCCUGUCAUCGAUAGCAGCAGGGAAUCAGGGUUUGCCUCCACCUCCAACCCCCAAAACUGCCUCCAGGAGCCUCCUGCGCUCAAGCAGUUCUGACAUCACUCCUCCGAUGCUCCCUCUGAUGGGAGAGGCCACACCCGUCAGCUUAGAACCGCGAAUAAACAUCGGCUCUCAGUACCAGGCAGGGAUCCCCGAGCUACAGGAUCAGUCUCUGGUUGAACAGGAUCAUCACAAAGCUACGCUAGUGUAUCUCCCGCUGACACCGGUGGAAUCUUCACCGUCCCAGGAUGAGACGGUGGAUAAUCUGAUGAACCUGGCCUGCUCCAGUGUGCUGUGUGGAGGAGGAACCAACGUGGAGCUCAUGCACCACUGUCUUUACGAGAACGGAGGUGACCUCAUGAAAACUCUCGAAGCAUUGUUGCUAAAGAAACCCAUUUUCCCCAAAGAUCAUCAUCUUGCUAACUACCACUAUGCAGGGUCAGACUGCUGGACUGUGGAUGAAAAGCGAUACUUCAAUAAAGGGAUCUCUGCGUACCGGAAGGACUUCUUUUUAGUGCAGAAAUUGGUGCAGACUAAAACAAUGGCGCAGUGUGUGGAGUUUUAUUACACCUAUAAGAAACAGGUGAAGGUCGGACGCAGUGGGAUGCUGAUCUACGGCCCUCCGGAUCCAGAAGAGCGCGUCCCUGAGAUCCCACAGAUCAAACAAGAGCAGCUGGAAGCGGGAGAAGAGAGCAAACACAAGGCAGAGCAGGAAGACGGCGGCGCCGAUCACCUCCGAAACGUGACCAAAGCUCUUCAUGUCCGCGACAACGAGGGGAAAGUCUUAGUGCUCAGCAACCCGAAAAUCGUCUCUUUGAGUGAGGCAACUGCACUGAGGAAGGAAACACAGACUCCUCCUUUCUUUGCUCCAAAACCACGUGAGAGUGCACCGAGGAGAAGCGCUCCAGCUAGUGCACCGAAGAGUCAGGGAGAACCAGAGGGUGUAUUUCCCUGCAAGAAGUGCAGCAGGGUGUUCUAUAAGGUGAAGAGCCGCAGCGCGCACAUGAAGAGCCAUGCCGAGCAGGAGAAGAAAGCAGCGGCUCUGCGGCAGAGAGAGGAAGAGGAGCGUCUGGCGGCAAUGGCCAGGCUCAAGCAAGCAGAGUCCGAGAGGUUUGAGGAUGACAGUGAUGAAGCUGAGGAGUAUGUGAUCGACACGGAUAAUGACCGAGACGACGACUGGCGAUGAGAUGUUUUGUUUUUUCAUUUGAAUUAUUAUUUUUUGUUUUUUUGAAGGGGCGCCAUUUAUUUAGCCAAAUCUAUUCCAAAUCCAGCAGACUGUUUAUUACACGAUAACCAAAGUGAUGACGUGAAUGUAAUAGCUAUUUUUAUGUCAACAUGUGUCAUGAUGUGUAACAUUCAGUAACAAAACAACACCAAUAAUAGGUUUUCUUUAUUUCUUUAACAAAUGUCUGAAUGUCGAUUUAAACACAGACUACGUGACCUCCGCUCAACUGUUCUCUCAGUGUAUCUGAAAAUGUAGCAGAGUUUUUAGAGCAACUUUUGUAAUAACUUGGGGAAAUCUUUUCUAUGAAAUUCACAUCUAUCGUGUUAAAUAAUAAUGGUUUAUUUUUAAUGUACGUGUUUAAUAUUGGUAUUAAAAAAAAUGGACUGUUUUGAUGUAAAGACAAAAAAUUAUAAUCAAAGGAAAUUGUAUUUUGUACAAUUAUAUUAUAUUAUCAGCUCAAGGACACACUAUUAUUUUGAUCUUCUUACACAAAACUAUGGGUAAUUUUCAAUCGGAUGUAAUUUUGUAUAUGAAACGUAUAAAUAGUAAAAUAUACCUCAACUCCUCUUUGUAUUUUGUUAGCGAUAUUUAUACAAAGUUCAAAAAAUGAACCGUUUAUUGUGUGAAACGUUUCAUGAGCUAAACUAGAUUUAAGGACUCGACGCCAUCCGCCAGCCGUUCAUCCACAAAGCCUGUCUUUUCUUUAGUGUCUGUUGUUCUGUCUAAACACAAGCUAAGCCUUAAGGAGGGAAAUUUUCAGAAAACAGAAAAAAAAAAAACACAAAACGAAUUUAAUAAAUGGUUAUAUUUUAUAAUGUGAAAGUAGAUGAAUUGUUUGUAGUAAUUCAGCCCUCUUCCACAUACCUUCAGUAAUAUACAGGUAUUGUUUGCAUGUAUAUAUUUUUGCAUAUUUACUGUAUAGAUACUUCUAUACUUUUUUAUGUGGGAAGCUUCUGGAAACUGGAAACUUUCUUCAAAUCACAGAUGGCUCAGUUCUGACUUUUACACAUUCUUUAUUGUGGGUUGCUUCUAGUUUUCUUGCAAAAAUAUGCCAGGGGGCGGAUUAAUGACUCUAACUUGUCCUGUUGCUAUGAGUGUAUGCUCGAUGAUGGGCCAGCAUGCUGCGCAAGGUACAGUGAAUUCAGAAAGUAUUUAGAUCCCCUUCACUUUUUUUUCUUAAAUUUUUUAUGGUGCAGCCUGAUACUACAAUAAAUUUCAUUCAUUCGAAA